AUGGUGUCCGAAAUCCAUGUCAUCUCCAAGCGGGACGUCUCCAAGCAUGAGACUCUCGCCGUCCAUCUCCCCAUGCCCCAACUGGCCGAGUCUUCCGUCCGCAUCCGCACAUCACUGAUCGGCAUCACAUCCAACAACUUCACAUACGCCAAGCUGGGCGACAUGCUGCAGUGGUGGAGCACAUGGCCGGUCCCCCUGGAUGUGCCGGCGCCGUACAACAACCGCGACGAGUGGGGCAUCGUCCCGGCAUGGGGCUUCGCGAGGGUGCUCGAGUCGACCAUCGAUGCCAUCCCGGCCGGCGGCCUGCUCUACGGCUUCUGGCCCACCUCCUCCCACCCCGCCGACUUGAAGCUCGAGCCGGCCCAGCCCGAGGGACACUUCCGCGAGGUUAGCCAGCACAGACGGGGCCUUGGGAGCCUGUACAACCGCUACAACCUCGUCGACGAGUCUGCGCACUCGGAGGAGUUUCGAGCGUGGUUCGCCAACGUGUACGCCGUCUGGAACGGCGGCUACGUGAUGAACCGGUUCACCUUCCCCACCGAUUUCAAGCCGGUCCAUCCGCUCGGCGAGGGCGCCGGGGAGUGGACCGAAAAGGACGGGGACCUGAGCUCGGCCGUGGUCGUGAGCCUGUCCGCGGCGAGCAGGACGGCGAGGUCUUUCACCUGGAACCUGGCCCGCAACCGCAAACCGACAAACGGGCCGCUGGCUCUCCUCCAGGCCACCUCUGUGCCGCAGACUCUGACGCCCGCGCCAGAGGCCGCGUUCGAGACGAAGACGGUCGCCUACGGGACGCUCGUCUCAAAGGAGACCAUCGACUGGAUCGCCAAGUUCCACCCCAAGCGCGUCGUCAUCACGGACUUUGGGAGUCCCCCCAAGGUCACCGACGGGCUCCGGGACGCCCUCAAGGCAGCGUUCGCGGAGUCGACGGACAUCGUCGUCUUCAUCGUCGGGGGCGAACCCAAGGUCAAGUCCCCGGAAGAGACCCAAGCCAACAUGGCGCUGUGGAAGAAAUGGGGCAUCGUCCAGCUCAACACGACGGCUGUCGUGGACGCCGGGAUUGCCGCCGAGGGCGCGGAGCAGUAUUUCCGGGCUGCCGCCUCCGCUUUCGAGCGAUCUUUCGACGAGAAGAUCGUCGGAGAUCUCGAGCUGUCGCUGGGGAGCGGAGUUGGCGGCACGAAUGGGGUUGAGAAGGCGUGGGAAGACAUCGUCCAGGGGACCUUGUCACUCAACAAGGCAUGGGCAUACCGGCUGGAUUGA